CCCCUUCAAGUCUAGUCAAGAUGGUGAGCAUUUCUCUCCGGCCUUAUUGGCGGCGCGGGGCUGGCACGGGUGGCAGGGUGUAGAGGGCUGAAGCAGAGAAGGGGGCGGCGAGGCACCACGACACCGCUGAGUACGCGCAUGCGCCGGACGGGCUCUGUGCACGUCGACCGGUCUGCGGAGGCUGCUCGGCCGCUGCUGCCGCUGGCACGAAGGAGGGAUGUGCCAGACGCAGAGGUGCUCUGGCCGCGCCGUCGGGCAACCGCUGCCUCCGUUCGAUGGACUCCGGGUCGCACCAGCUAGCCGUGCAGGCGGUCCGGCGGGAUUUCGGGCGGGAGUGGCGGCAGAGAUGUGCGCUUGAAGAUUCGCGACAUGGCGGCCCUGGACAGCUGCCGACCUGAGAGGGCUCAAUGGGCGAGCAUCGUGCGAUUUGAAUAUGACUGCGGCGCUCUCGACGCUGCGACAUCAUGGAGCGGCAGUGCUGACCAUAUCCCUCAGGUCCGCGGUCCUCGCAAGCACAUGAAGCGCCUGGCGGCUCCCUCGUCGUGGAUGCUCGACAAGCUGUCCGGCACGUACGCGCCGCGCCCGGCUCCGGGCCCGCACAAGCUGCGCGAGUCGCUGCCGCUCAUCGUGCUGCUGCGCAACCGCCUGAAGUACGCGCUCAACGGCCGCGAGGUCAACACGAUCACGGCCCAGCGCCUGAUCAAGGUCGACGGCAAGGUCCGCACCGAGCCCACCUACCCGACCGGCUUCAUGGACGUUGUGUCCAUUGAGAAGUCGGGCGAGAACUUCCGCAUCCUCUACGAUGUUAAGGGCCGCUUCGUUGUCCACCGCAUCACCCCGGAGGAGGCUUCGUUCAAGCUCCUCAAGGUCCGCAAGGUGCAGCUCGGCGCCAAGGGCGUGCCGUACAUCGUCACCCACGACGGCCGCACGCUCCGCUACCCCGACCCGCUCAUCCGCGUCAACGACACGGUGCGCUUCGACAUCGAGCAGAACAAGAUGCUUGACUUCAUCAAGUUCGACACCGGUGUCAACGUCAUGAUCACCGGCGGCCGUAACCAGGGCCGUGCCGGCACCAUUGCCGGCCGCGAGCGCCACCCCGGUGGCUUCGACAUCGUCCACAUCACCGACGCCCUGGGCCGUGCCUUCUCGACUCGUCUGUCGAACGUCUUCGUUAUCGGUGACGGCUCCAAGCCGGCCAUCUCCAUGCCCAAGGGCGGAGGUGUGCACCUCUCGAUCGCCGAGGAGCGCGACCAGCGCCGCCGCCAGAAGGAGGCUCAGUCCGCAUAAAGCCUAGGCACACCCGCUGCCGGCUCCGUUGCGUUCUCCUUGUCUCUCUCUGCUCUGUACAUCAUACACACACACCAUGCGCACACGCCCACCCGCACAUGACCGCCCAUCACAGGGUGCCGGGCUUUGCUCGCCCUGCCCCUGAAAAGCACACACUUCAAGCUCGCCCAUGCGGGAGCAAAAUUCACCUUGCAAGUCUGAUGAUG